AACAGUUAUUAAUUUACUCUACAAAAAUAUUGUGUUUAUAUAAAUUUUAUAUACUAUUUGAACAUAGAAUAUAUAUAAUACCCUAGGAGCUUGCGUAUGUACGCGUGUGUGUGUUUCAAUUGUUAAACUCUUAAAAUACGUUAAGUUUGCGCUAUAAUAAAGGUGUGCAUAUUUGAGCAAAAAUUAGAAAUGGCGGAAAAUGUGCGAGUAGUUAUUAGAUGCCGACCUAUGAAUAAAAAAGAACAUGAUUCCAAUUGUAGGAAUAUAGUAUCUGUGGAUAAAUGUUCUGUAUCGGUAACAAACCCAUCAGAUUGCACAGCACCAGCGAAAAAUUUUACAUUUGACAGCGUGUAUGGUGAAUUGGAACGUACGGAAUUACUAUACAAUGAAGCCUGUUAUUCACUAGUUGAUAAUGUUCUUGAAGGCUACAAUGGAACAAUUUUUGCGUAUGGACAAACUGGCUGUGGAAAGACAUUUACAAUGCAGGGAUCUGAUAAUUCAAAACAACGAGGUGGGAUUAUUACAUGUUCCUUUGAUCAUAUUUUUGAGGGUAUAUCUGUGGCGUCGGGAAUAAGAUAUUUGGCUAUGGUGAGCUAUUUAGAAAUCUACAAUGAGAAUAUACGGGAUCUUCUUAAUCCAUAUGAAGAUCUUAACGCCAACCAUGCUUUGAAAGAGCAGCACGGUGUUGGUGUUACCGUUCCGACACUAAGUACUCAUACAGUAGUAAAUGCCGAGGAAUGCUACCAUCUCCUCAAUAUGGGUAACCGUAAUAGGGUUGUUGGAGCUACAUUAAUGAACGCUACUAGUUCUCGUUCCCAUUCAAUAUUUACAAUAAGUCUGGAACAAAUACCCAUAGAAGAGGACAGUGUGGAGCAAAUGCCAGUUACCGGAGGUAUUCGACGUGGAAAGUUAAAUUUGGUAGACUUGGCAGGCUCAGAACGUCAAAAUAAAACGGGAGCAGUUGGAGAACGAUUUAGAGAGGCAACUAAAAUUAAUUUAUCAUUAUCAGCGUUGGGUAACGUGAUAUCAGCAUUAGUGGAUGGCAAAACGAAACACAUUCCCUAUCGAGAUUCGAAAUUGACGCGACUUUUGCAAGUAAUUUUUAAUAAUUAGUUUAAAAUGGUUCAACUAUAUUCAAUGCUUUUAUCUUUAAGAUUUACUGCAAAUAUUAUUUAAAACAAAUAAGAGUGUUAUAUUCGGCUAUACCGAAUCUUUUAUACCCACAAGCAAACCGUAUGCAUUUACGACAUGCCAAUUUAUACCGAAUUUCAUUGUUACACUCUGGGGGACCACUUGUACGGAUCUAUGCGAAAACGUGGACCAAUAUUACCCAUUUAGUUAGUUAGUAAGUUAGUUUGUUAGUUAGUUAGUUACAUACACCUAGGCCUCUAUCGGGCCUGUUGUGCGCUCCUUAACUAGUUCCUCAGGUCGAACCCACGACCUCCGGUCUACCAUAAUAGAACAUUAACCACUAAACUACCGGAGGCCAUACUAUUUUGUUUUAAACAGAUCAAAACUAGAUCAUCUUAGAAUUUAAUCAGUACCUAGAUAUAUGUAAUUGUGGGACUGUGAAAGGGUUUUCAGUUCAUACCACAUCACAUCCACUCUUAUUCUAUUUUGUUGUGUCGUUAGCGAGACAGCGACGAAUGCACACGUGUAGAGGGUGUACGACCUUUUAUACCCUCCACCACCAUCAGUGGUGAUAGAGAGUAUAUGUAUAUAAUUUUGUCAUUCCGUGUGUAACACCAAAAAAUAUUCAUUUGAUAAAUAUUCUGGGUCUUUAUCAAAUUCUGUCUGUCUGCCUAAAUCACGAUCACGUUUAAACUAAGCAAAGGAAGUCAGAUAAAUUCACCGAAAAAAUUGACUAUUAUCCUUAGCAGUUUAGUAUUGAAAAUUAGCAAAAUCGAUUCACACCGGGAGAAGUUAAGAAUCAAAAUUUAAAACAACCUCGAAAAAAUAUUUUUUUUACACAUUCUGAUGUAAUUUUCUCGAAAACUUUGCAAAAUAAUUCCACCAUAGAUUCGUUUUUAUACAAGAGCUUGAUUCCUGUUGAAAAUUGUCAUAAUCGGUCUGCAAUUUUAUAUACCUCCCAUACAAAGGCACAUAUUUCCGGAAAAUGGGUUUUUUGUUAACAAUUUCCGUCACAAUAUCGAUAUCUUCACAAAA